UCAUGAAAACGUUCGUUAAUGCUCUGCUGCCACUCUUAUUGGUAACUGUGGCAAGUGCGGCAAACUCUUGCCAGGAUGCGCACUGGGACGGCACCUACAACAUUCGCUUGAGCACUGGCAAAGUCGUUACGGUGUACUGCGAUAUUUCUCUCAAUGGAGCACCCUGGCUGGUGAUACAGCGUCGUGUUAGCGUCGAUGUUAACUUCUAUAGGAACUGGUCGUCCUAUCAGCAUGGCUUUGGCGACUUGGACGGCAGCUUCUUCAUAGGCCUGAAUAACCUGCAUGAGAUUUCGAGCGAGAAGCCUCACGAGCUUUAUAUAUAUCUGGAGGACUUCGAUGGCGAGAAACGCUUUGCCAAAUACGAUGAAUUUGCCAUUGGCAACGAGGCUAAUCUGUAUGGUCUGAACAAGUUGGGAAAAUAUUCAGGCACUGCUGGAGACUCGCUUACUGGGCAUCGCGGUAUGAAGUUUACUACCUACGAUAGAGAUAAUGACCUAAAUGGAAAGAACUGCGCUAUAGAGUAUACAGGUGCUUGGUGGCACAACAAUUGCCAUGAGAGCAAUCUGAACGGACUUUACUUGGGCGGUGAAUAUGGUCAGAAUCAGUUCGCGCGUGGAAAUUGCUGGAGAGCAUGGAGAGGCCAUAACUAUGGCUACAAAACUGUGCAAAUGAUGAUACGACCAGUAGCCUAAAGUUUUUCAGCUCGAAAGUAAUAAUUACAAUUUUAUAUAAAUAAUUGCAACAGAUUUGUGAAUAAAUUUAAACUUUGCAGCAA